GUAAUUUACUGUAUCCUUAUAUAAUCUUCUGUAUGAAAUUAUACCUGUAAGGCUUCCUUCUCUGUCUGAAGGAUAAUUCAUCUCAUUUAAUUGGAAUACAAUACAUUAUAUUCCUGCAAUUUUGAAUCUCAGCCAGCCUUACUGUAGAGCUAUCUUGUUUCCAUCAAACUCCGAUUAUUACGAGCCAUAGCCCUAGGAUUUAGUCAAAUCCGUUUGGCUGUAGCCAUAGAAAUUGCAUUCAAAUCUAUGGCUGUAGCCAUAGGGCGUGGCGGUGCUGAUGUGAACAACGAUCAUUAUGAUCGACAACCUGUGAUUGUGAUUGACACCCAACAGCUAGGCAGUGGUUUCAGUGAGGAUUGAACGGCUGACCUUCUAAAAAUGGAAGUUAAACCAAUGCAUUAUCAUACUGAGC